AUGGAGAUCAAAACAGCUACUGAUUACUGCCACCAGGUGAAAGAUGUUUGCGUCACAUAUGAGGUACGCCCACCACGUCGCCUCACUACUGCAACGAAACGCUGCACUUGUGACUAUUCACUCUUCGUUUACGUGGUGUUGGCGAUUUUGGCGCAAUUUCCACAGCACGCCCCUGCUGCCGCAUUGCGGCAGCAAACGCACGAUGUUUCGCAGUCAUUCGAAUCUGCGGAGGAUACUUUAGAGUUCUUGCAUGAGCUGGCACGUUUUAUAUAUCGCGAACAUAAAGCAGGCGAUGUUGAUGACGAACAUGCGAAAGGACGUGUCUAUAAACGACACGAUGCCCACAGGGCAUUGGACAUGCGUAAUGACGAGCCAGCUUGGUACAAUGUUUGUGGACGUGAUAGCGGCUGGAGUGGUGAUGAGCUGGCUGAGGAUCUGAGUCAGGAUUAUAUCAAAUUGUAUAUGAAAAAUCUGCGUGAGACGAUACGUUUGGAAUACAAAAGCCUCAAGCGCAAUGCUUUACCCAACAUUGACAUCGACGAUAUGCGCGCCUGGCGCCGACAUGAAAGGAAAUAUAAAUUUUUGCCAACUUUGGAGCGUAAUGCUACGAUUGCUCCCGUUUGCUGGCAUCUAAGCCUACAAAAAUUCAUUGCUUCAUUUGACUAUCUGCAUAAAAUCCAACAACAAUGGGACCAACAACACCUACAUACACAGAGUGCCAUCACACGCGAGCUUCUGGAAUUAUUGCAGAGCGCUAAGCGUAUACUUUGCGAAAUUGAGACGAACAUCAAUGGCUGCUUUCCACGCAGUAGCCGACAUGUUGCUAGCAUUCCACAUGCUGAAAUGUUUACACAAAUUAAUUUCUACACAAAUAGAAAUGUUGCCAAUGUUGCCGCACAACAUGGUGUCCAUCAUACAGAUUUACGCUUUGUUACAUUUUUCUAUCAAAAUUAUUUGCUACGAAUUUGGAAAAUGCUCCCACGUCACCCCAGACAUAUUCGAAUGUCAUAUACAUGUGAGACGAACACUCACCCGACCAUACUCGAUAAAAGUUUGGAAAAGGAUGUGUCCAUUUUGAAUGGUGGUGAUGAUGAUGACUCUGCGGAAUAGAAGAAAGAAAAUGCGAAUUUAAAAUAAAACAUUCUAAAACUACUUAAAAAAAUAAUAUUGAACAAAGUAUAGAAAAACUGAAUAACCAAUCAAAUAAGAAACUGUGAUUUAAAUUAAUUAUUUUAUUUAUAUUUUAAGAGCAUAAUGCUGUAUUUAGCUUUUAAGUGAAAACGUUAAUGAAACUAAGUGAUAGUAAAUUAUGUGCCAUAUAUAUAUAUUUAAAUGUAACUAAAAUAUGUUACGAGAAUUUUCAUCAAUAUUUAUUUAAUUUAUAUAUUUAUUUAUGACAUAAUGAGUGGUAGUGCACACAAUAAUAAUGUUGAGAAUAAAAA